GCCAAGAACGACAACCACUCAUAGAUAUCCAGAUUCGUAAUCUCCGAAUUAUAUCAGAUGGAUCGAUACAAUUCUUUUUUUUUUUGAAUAGUGCAUAAGAGUGUAAAAUGUAAAAAUGAGUGCAUAUUUUGAAAUAUGAAUUAUAAAGUUAAGAAAAACCCACACAUUUUCAACCUAUUUAGAUUUCCAAUCUUUUUGCCUUUCAUAUCUUAUAAUUAACAACUCGCAAUAAUACAUGUAACUAUUUCCUCGUCUGCAGCUGUGAACCAUGCGCUUAUGAAUUUGAUAAAAAUAGUACACAUAUUUUCCCGGCAGGGAAUUCCAACAGAAAUGAAGGUACGUGUAGUAUGAAAAAAUUGGAAAUAAAUUUCAUUUUGGAAAAUACAUGAGGGUAUUACAAUGUAACUACAAAAGUCACGCUAGAUAUUUUUCAUAAAACGCCAUUGUGCUUUAUGAAGUAUACCUGUGUGAAGCGCUGCAAUUCAUAUCCUCAUGCAUUUUCAAAAAUAGAAUUUAUCUUUAAUUGGAACUUGUCAUCGAUAGUGUUGUAAGGUGAAAUACAAGGAAGAGGACAUUUCUACUGCAUGAUGAUACCCGUGAAUAUGUGCGUACACUCUAUACUUCACUCUUAUAACAUGUGUUGAAUAGGAACUUUUUAAUGAUGAUAAUAGAACCUUUAGCACGAAUAACUUUCUCAAGGGACAAUAAUAUGUUCGGUUAAUGUAAAAAACGAUUUUCUAUCACUUAGAGCAUAUUAUACAUGAUAAACAGAUAAAAUUCAUAUCAAUGUAAUACAUCAGUCGCAACGGCCCAUCAUGUGCAGAUAUGAGGUCUGAUAUUGACCGAGGGCCGAUAUUGAUCUAGGUCCGAUAUGAUAUAUGUUAUGAAUUCCCCAUUCUUCUCAUGCUUCUGAUGUUUUAAUAAUGUGCGACUCAUGUGUAAUUGCUCGCUAUAGAAAUAAAAAUUCAUAUUAGUAUCAAAAUUAUUUGAUUUUUUUAACAAUCACGAUGACAAUUUGAUGUACAGACAUGAGAAUCCUAUAAUUGAGAGAAAACUUUAUAACUGCAAUUUAUGCCAGACAUAUACGAUAGUAAUCUGCGAUCGUAAUCUCUGUGUGUAUCUGCAAUGCCACUUCAAAGUUUUUAAAUUCUAAGGAAUGUUGUCCCAUUGGGAGAAUGAAUGCAAACUUUCUUUUGUUAAUGAUAUGACCAUUUUUGAUAAACCGUGUGUGAUUCAGGCACAGUGAACUAUGUAUGUAUGUCUGCCUCGCGCCCAUAAAAAAUAAGAUCAUUUCAGAGUUGAAUGUCAUUUAUUUUCUAUGUAAGAAUAUUGCAAAAUGUGCAGAUAAAAAGAAUACACAAAUAUAUUGUUUUGCUAUUUUCCGCCACACUCAACAGUUAUCUGAUGGCGCCCAGUUGGUGGAAGAGAGAACCCAGAUACAAUAUACCUGGGAAGAGACCACCGUCCAUCCGAAAGUAAAUUGGGAAACUUUCUCACUUACCGGCGCGAGUGCCAACCAGAGGUGGGAGGCCGUGUGAUUUUGAGCGCGAUGCUCGUUCCACUUGGAAGGUGUAAAACAAUGUUAUACUAGUAUCAUGACCAGAAAAAACAUAUACAAAGGACCAUAUAACGCAAAUAUACCUAUGUCAAAAUACACAGGUUUAGCUACCUACAGUUCUAUGGCAAAAAUGUAACUGGACAUCCAAAAAAAGGCAAAAAAUGCAAUACUGUACAUCAUCAAACUGGUGUGACUAGCAUAUCAUACUGCAAGACUAGAACUAAAUGAGUAAUGUUACAUAUAGCUGUAUCACAAUUAGUACCCGUGAUAAGUACCCCUAUGGGGGCGCUAUCCUUCCUCAACAAGGUAGACAACAUAAUGCAGAAAAUUCUAGGGUAACCAAUUGCACUUGUCUACAAAGAAAUGUUGGAUGGCUUGUUAACGCCCCCACACCCAAAAGAGAAAAGGAGAACUGAAAUUAUGACAAAAUAACACAUUUUCACUUAUAAUGGUCUGAUGCAUAGUAAACCGAUUUGAUAAAACUAUGACUUUCUAAGACUUUUUAAGUAAACUCCUAGUGAAGAGUCUGUUAUAUAUGUCCCUGUAACUAGGUAGUUAUACCCAUCAUAGCCUCGAAGAGAAUGCAUUAGUACAAACUGAUAAAACAUCACAUUGUAAUUAAGAAUUCAGUUGUUACCAUGAUUACAUUUUGGGUAAUUUUGUAUGAUUAUUGGAUGUAUGUCUGUAAAAAGAGUAUGCCUUUGCUCCGGACAUUUUUUAAAAAAAAUUUUUAUUUGAAUUUUUUGCUUUUGGAUUUUUUCCGGACAUGUUGCAAAUUUUGUGGCAUGUUUUGAUUUCUACUAUAAAUAUUUUGUAUCUUCCGGGAAUAGGUGCUCAGCUUGCAUAAGAUGAUGCCAAAUUGAUGCGUCUAAUGUUUACAAGUCUUCGGACCCCUAUAUAUUUUUUUCUCUCUCUGUAUUAUGUAUAUACAACUGUAUAUUUUCAUUGUGUCUUUACAUAAUAAGAAAUGACAAGUUUCAAUUCAGUUGGUGUUGAGGUUUGCCUGCCCCAAUAAAAAACAAGCAAAGUCUUCUUGGCCAUGUUUCUAACGUCGGAACGUUACAAUAAAGAAUAUAUUGUUACACGACUGAUGCUUUUCGAAGCGAGCAAAUCUUAAAUCUAGAGUGUUUCUGAACGGAAAUCCGAUUUCUGGUUUGAUAUGCAUUUUUUGCUAAUCCGGGUCUUUUGUAACGUAGCGCGUAACGCAAUGAACAAACAGUGGUGAUUAUUACUAAUUAGUAAGUGACAGAGUAAAACUCCCCCCAUUGAUUGAUAUCAAAGUAAGAACAUUGGGGGUUUUUUUUUCACUGGAGAAAGACAUUUUCUCAAUAAAGGUGCAAGAUUAUUGAAAUUCAACACUGUAACUUAUUACGCAAAUGGAGACGGGAUAUCUAUUUUACAUAAUGUAAUUACAAUAACCUAAGAUUUUUUUGGGGUAAACUUCAGAUUUCAUGUUUAGCACUACAUGUAUGCGACAACGGUACCUAGAAGUGAAACCCACACAAGAAUAUGCAUAAACAUUCUCUGGACGUAACAAUGGUUGUAUAUGAGCAUAUCUUAAUGUGGACUUGAUCAUCUAUUGAUAGGUUUCGCUGGGUAGCUAUGUUAGGUUUUCUAAUUCAAACACAAUCACGAAAUCGGAUAAUCCAGACUAUCGUCGUGAUAACUGAUAAGCUUCCAGGUCAGGCAAAUUGACGAACGAUUAGAAACGAAGAUCUAACAAAAAAAUGCGUCUAUACUAAUGACGAAGAAGAGAACAAUUUUUUUAAAUGAUUCAUUCCAAUGAUGAGGACUUAAACCAUUCGGGAAUAUCUAUCGUUACAAAAAUAUAUUAAUGUUUAAGCCUGCAGAAUGAACAUUUGAUAAAAUCAUACCGGGAAUUGGCAGUCAUAAUUUUAUUUAGAAAAAUAUUAACACAUUCAGUUUAUGCCCUCUUUAACAAAAGUGUGAUUGUGUAAAAUAGCAAUGUCUUUACACAUAUUAAAUAUCAUUUACUUCUAAAAAUGAAUCCCAUUGCCAAUCGAAUGCAAGAUAGUUUCCAACUUUCGAAUUUCGCCAGUUUUCUUUAUCUAUUCUAACGUCCCCUAAGGGGGCAAUUUGCAUGCUAACAAAGAUCUCGAGAAGUCAUGGGCUAUACGGAGUGCCUGAUAGAAUUUUCUUAAUUUCACAGUAACAUAUUUAUUCACGGCUUUGAUAACUCCGAUGGCUUUUUAUGAAUGAAAUGGGACCGAACACUCCGAGGUCAAUCAUGAAUGGGCAGGUGAGCGAUUGCUGUAUCUAAAGAAUCCCCAUCUAUGACGUCACAGGCGAGGCUACUCGACUGUGAAGACAAACAUAAUCUCCCUCGCUUGAUAACCGUAGUUCAUUCAUAAAUUCUAAUGUUAACUUUCCCAUAACCUUUAAACCCCCCAAUUUUAGUUCAUUCAUAAAAUCAGUAAUUUAAACUCCUCCCCCAUUUAACGUAACCAAUCGUAGAAAUCUAAACAUCGAUGGAAGGUAAUAUUUUCUCAUACUUAUACUAGGCAACUGCAUAUUCUCUUACGAAUUAUAAAACAGAAAACCCAAUCUUAGUAGUGUGCAGUAACAAAACCGAACAACAGUCUUUCCAUGAAAUACAUAUUUUCUGUCGUCGAAUAUGCUAGCUCCUUUGUCAUGCAGGAAGGAUACAUCAUGGAAAACGUAAAGAAGACAAAGGCAAAACAAGCGUUUUGUCCCCACUGCAAAUACAGUACAGACAGGAAGAAUAAUCUAAAACGGCAUAUCGUAACAAUGCAUCAGGAUUCUUCCAAGAUUUUAGAAUGCUGUGACACAGUCUUCAAAUCGAAAGCCUUGCUGCGAGAGCACGUGCUUUUGAAUCACAGAUCUGGAUAUGUGUGUAAGAUCUGCAAACGGAGCUUCUGUCGAAAGGCCCUUCUUCGUCGACAUCUCUCCGUUCACAACGGUCAGAAGGACUUCCGGUGUCCGUUUUGCUCCUAUGCAACAAGUCACAAAAGUAAUCUAGAAAGGCACCGGAAAAUCCACAGUAAAGAGGAUACUGUUUCCGAAUAUACGGAGGGUAAAGGCUUCUCGGAGUUGGAGAUACCUUACGGACACUCAAAAGAAGAAAACACUUCCAAAGAGCGCAACCACGGUCAUUUAGCAAACAAGAUACAUACCGCCAUCGUGGCAAAAUACGAGAACUUGCUUCAAGGUUAUGACAAAUGUCCAAUAGAACAAGUAGAAAAUAAAAAUCUAGAAAAUUCGAGGGAAACCUUCCAUGAUGACAAUAUGAAUCAGGUACAAAUAGAUCCAAAGCAAACUGAAAACAAUAGGAGAAAACAAUUCUGUAUUCCUCCGACGUCAGUGAAACGGUUGUUGGCCAAGCCAUAUAAGUGUAGCUUAUGCAAUCGUCAGUUUACUAGUCAGAAUCAAGAACAACGGCAUGAUUGCGUUCUUCUUAAGGACGAUUUCCCGAAUGUGCCCAUAAUAUGCAUGAUUCGGAAAGGAAUUCCCCCGCAACAGAAGUAUCACUUGUAAACUUUGUGAUAGAUACAAAUUAUUAAAUUAUUGC